AUGACCGUCCCGAUCGGCAAAGUGAUGGCGGUGCGGGUAAAUAGAGCACCCCUCACCCGUCGUCAGCCAAGGCUGCUGUUUGCCAGGCACGAACUUAUCCGUCGGCGCUUGGGUCGUAUUGGGACGAACCGUUCACAACGGAACCGCCUCUUCGACCUGCCCCCCCUUGCCCUUGUUCGCCAUGGCGCGCAUCGCUGGUUCUACGUCUCUGCUCUCGUGGAAGCCACCGAUGGUUACAAACCGGAAUACGUGUCCAGGAAGAUUCCUCUUCAGGUUGCCCAGGUACACAAUAAUACUCUUAAUGCGGUCUGGACGGAGAGCUGCAAACAACGGUCAGCAAGAGAUCUUGCCGAACCGGCCCCAUCCUGCCGCCUCUUGGCUGCCGCUGAACGUCCCACCUCUUCGCCCUCGUAA